AUGAAUGACUUCAAGUAUUCUGAUGAUCAAGCAAGUAGAUUAUUGUCUUUAUAUUUUCCUGGUGCCAAAAAUGGGGUCAACAAAGCUCAUUUCGUUGAGCGUUUUCUGGUUGGAGGAUGGAAAACAAACGAAGAUGCCGUUCAGAUGGCCAUUCUCUAUUUCAUCCAUACUUUUGUUUUUUCUCAACUAGGUGAUGCACCUAUAUCAGUUGAUGAUUUCAAGAUGGUAGAAGAUGAUAGUUAUGAGCAAUAUCCAUGGGGGAAAUUAGCAUAUUCAAAAUUGAUAAAAGGAAUGCGUCAAGAGUUUUCAAAUGCCAAACAAAUGUAUCGUCUAGGCGGCAUGCCAUACGCUCUGAAUGUUUGGAUAUAUGAAUGUGCAUCUCAAGUUCCCUUUGAAAUUGCUGUAAGAGUGGGUAAUAAAAUUCCCAAAAUUCUUAACUGGCGUGUUGUCGCCGUGAAGCCAAAAUUUGAGACCUUCAUGUCUACCAUCUUCAGUGAGUAUCCAUGCUCCAACAUUGUCCAAUCUCAACAUGAAAUGGAAUCUAUUGUCGUUCAUGACAGCCAACAGAAACCUGAAGAUUCAACAUCGGCUGCCAAGGUCAAUUUCAGAAAACCUCAUAAAGUCACUGGAUUUGAGGACUUUUCAACAACACCACCCACUAAAUUUUUAAAGAGAUCCAGGGAUGUCGCUGAGACAUCUUCUCCACCUCCUUCCAAGAGAAUGAAGACUUCCCCUGCUAAAAAGCCAAUUCAAGUAGAAAUAGCCAACAUGCACAAGGAUUUCUUACCACCAAAUAAAUCAGAAAAUCUUGUUUCUCCUGACAAUGAACCGGGGGCAAAGUCACCAAAGGAAUCAGAAAAACCUGUUUCUCCUAACAAUGUACCAGGGGCGAAGUCAGCUGUUGACCGGAAUUUCAAGCAUUUGGAGAACAAAAUGGAUUCAAAUCACAUUGAUCUUUUGAAAGCCAUCGACAGUAUGGCGAACCGAAUGACUGGCACAUCAUCUCAAGUUAAAAAAGAUGAUUUUGAUCAAUUAUUCCAUGUGGUUGAACAACAAGAAGCACCUACUGGAUUGGAGGUGCACAAUUUUGCAAAUAAAUCUGACCCACCCCAAAAAAAUGACAAAUCUAAUGUCCAGGAACAUAUUAAGGGACCUGAACCAUCCACCAUGAUAAAUCAGGUGGACAACAUAUCGGAACAAAGCAUUUCAGCAGAUGUUCCUGAAUUAUUUGAUCAGCAAGUUUAUUCUGAUACAUUAAAGGUAAUGAAGAUGAACCAUCCGUCAAGGAUGUAUCAGCACACCAAAUGGAACCACAAAGAGUAG